UCCCUUUAAGCUCUCUCCUCCCCUUCUCCAAGAGAAGAACAAAAAGACAUUCGCUUUCGCCUCUUCUCCCCCUCUCCUCUCCUCUCCUCUCCUCUCUGCGUGUGCAUCUCUCGAUUCCGAUGCCGCCGCCGCUCGAAGCGCGAGACUACAUCGGGCUCGCGGCGUCCCCGGCCUCGUCCUCCUCCUCCUGCUGCGCGUCGACCCCCGUCGCCGAGGUCGUCGGGGCGCACCUCGCGCUCCGCCUCGGCCUCCCGGGGUCGGAGUCGCCCGCCCGCGCUGAGGCGGAGGCUGUCGUCGUCGACGCCGCGCUCACGCUCGGCCCUGCUCCUCCUCCCAGGGGCGGCGCCAAGCGCGGGUUCGUCGACUCCCUCGACCGAUCCGAGGGCCGUCGUGCUGCUGCCACCGCCGGUGAUGAUGAGAGGGGCGUGAGGGAGGAGGAGGAGGAGGAGAAGGGGUUGGGGGAAGCUGCUGCUGGAGCUCCGCGAGCUGCCAAGGCACAAGUUGUUGGAUGGCCACCUGUGCGAAGCUACCGGAAGAAUACAUUGGCCGCCAGUGCCACAAAGACAAAGGGGGAAGACCAAGGCAAAAGUGAGGUAGGAUGUUGCUAUGUUAAGGUUAGCAUGGAUGGAGCCCCAUACCUUAGGAAGGUUGACCUCAAGACCUAUUCAAGCUAUGAAGAUCUUUCACUUGCUCUUGAGAAGAUGUUCAGCUGCUUUAUCACUGGUAGGAGCAGUUCACAUAAAACAUCAAAAAGAGACAGGCUGACUGAUGGUUCUAGGGCUGAUGCCCUUAAGGACCAAGAGUAUGUUCUUACCUAUGAAGACAAGGAUGCUGACUGGAUGCUUGUUGGUGAUCUUCCUUGGGACUUGUUUACUACUAGUUGUCGGAAACUGCGGAUCAUGAGAGGUUCAGAUGCUGCUGGAAUGGCUCCGAGAUCACUGGAACAGACAGGUCAGAACAAAUAGUUGCCCGAGCUUUCAUCAUCUGGACAGCAAAUGUGUGGACCAAGUUUGCUGUAGCAAGUUUCCGCUGAGGGGUGCAGUGUUUUACCUGAAGUAUCUCCGCUAUUAGUUUAUUUACGUGUGUAGUGAAAUCUGUGGCGUAUUGUAAAACAGCCAUUUUGCCUACGAGGUUGUCUUGUGUCAAUCUGUAGAUGGUCGAUUUUGUCUUUGAAAGAUCAAGUCAGGCUGCUUAAUGCUUCCUGUGUGAUACUUUCAUCAAUUCUCUCAUAUAUAUAUUAUCUGGAGUUGCACUUGAUAUUGUAUCCACUACAAAUUACCAAUCUUGUCAACACGUGGUUUUGAUCUUGCGCCGA